AUGCUGCUGGUAGCGUCGAGCCAGAACAAUCCGAUGACACUUCCCGGUGAAGAAUAUCAACAACAAGAACAACAAGAACGCAGCAGAUGCAGAGGCUCCAAUUGGAAGGAGACCAGGAGCAGUACGGUUAUGAGAUUGAUAGAGCUGUUUCAAGUCUCGAGCGAUGCGUCUAAAGAGCUCACGUUGAGCAAGAGAUUUCGUGUGAAACGAAUGGUGUUUACGAGACGAUGGUUCAAGAAGAAACAUGAUAAACGCACGCUUCCUGCAAUGACAAUGGCUAUAAAGUGGCAGGAUUUCGCCAUGUGUUGCACCCUAUUGGUAUUGCUGUGCUACCUGCUGCACAAGGCCACGUUUCUGGUCGUGGAAGUACGCUCGCUAGUCGCUACUGUGUUCAGAUGGACGCUUGUCUCGAAGAUCUUUCUCCCGUCCUCCAUCGUCUCAUCAAUAACAAGCUUCUUCUAA